UUGAAAGUUUAUUUACAAUAGCGUAACGUUAAUAAUAAUGAAACAAAUAUGAUUUAAAGUUUUUGAACGCUGAAUGUUCACCAUAGUAGUCGACUACAAAACAUUACAUAAAUACUUGAAAACAGUGGUUGAAGAUAAUACGCGUCAUGUAAAGUUCAGUGAAGUCGAUGAUUUCGUAAAAUCGAAGAGUAUAUCGAUUGCGAAGUGUAUCUUUUGUGAUUUAAAAUAGGAUUCUUCACUGAUAAUAAUGACUUCAGAAUUAUUUUUAGGCUUAUAUUUAGACCCUGAAACAUUUACCACGAUUAAAUUAAAUGAUGUUAGUUUUAAAAAUAAAGUUAAGGAGCUGAAAUGUGAGAUAGCUGGAAGGGUUAACCUAACAAGAGAAUCGUUUGAACUGAUUUAUUGUGGGAGCAUCCUUGAAGAUGACCUAACUCUAGAAUCUUAUGGUUUAAAAGGUGGUGCAGUGGUACAUGUUUUAAAAAAGAAGGAAACAGAGACAUCAACAGUACCUAAAUAUAUAUCAGAGGAUAGCAUUUUACAGCUUGUAUCUGCAUUUAAGUCUAUUACAGAUAAUCCUGUACUCCAGAGUACUUUGCAUCGUUUUAGCAAAAAGCCAGAAGUUUUAAGCAAUAUUAUUUCAUCGUUUCCUGGAUUACACGAAGACACAAUAGCAAUUGCUAUAUUACAAAAUGCUGACUUAAUGGCACACUUUACCGAUGUAGAUACUGUUAGAAGGUUUGCAGAGGUACAUCCACUUUUAGUAGAAGCUGUGCAUAAUAUAGCUGUUGCUGUUCACGAAGAGGCACACAACAAUGCAACCGUUAACUCCAACAAUUCAGUAUCCAACUCACAACCUGCUACUUACUCGUAUAAUUUAGAUAAUUUGAGCGAUGAAGAAAUGGCUGGAGAUUCUUCUCAAUCCUCAGAUUCUACGCAGCCACCAAAUUUGAACACUAAUUCAACAAAUGCUACAAUCAUUGCUGCAGAACUUGCAGCAGCGGUUUCCAGAGCAAGAGUUAGACGUUUUCCCCUUUCCAAUUCUUCCUCCUCUACUUCAGGUGGUGGUACAAAUGCUGGAGUAAUAACUACCGAAAUGUUCACGCAAGCUAUGCAACAAGCUUCUGCAGCAACACCAGGUUUAAUCAGUGAUCCUAUAUUGCCACCAAUUUUACCACCCGUUUUACCGCAAUUUACAGACUUGCAAAGACAGUUAGCACAGAUGCACGAAAUCGGACUGCAAAAUGAUACAUUGAAUAUUCAGGCAUUGCAAUUUACGAACGGUGAUGUUCAAGCAGCAAUUGAACUUGUGUUCAAUGGUUUUAGUAAUAAUUAGUUUAUUAAAAUAGCAUUUAGACAUAACAAAAUUCGCAAUUACAUGUUUUAUUUUUACGAAUUAAUUUAUGUCUGCUAUAUAAAGAUAAA